AUGUUCAAUCCGUCGGGUCGAUCCAAGGAAGAGAGCGUUGAGAAAAGGCGGCAGCAGGUUCGCCGCGCCCAGCAUAUUUAUCGCCAGCGCAAGACGCGGUACGUUAAGGCAUUAGAAGAAGAUAUUGCCAAGUCAAGAUGGCGUGAGUGCCAGAUGUCAAAGGAGAAGCAGGAUCUCGAGCACCAGCUGCAGACCUUGUUGUCACUCCUUGCACGAAAUGGAAUUGAUCAACCAUUCACAUCGCCGGACGGAAGCCUGCUUCACAGUCAUCCGGAUUGGCCACAGGGUUCCACAAUCAUCUCCUCUCUAUCUCCCCUCAGUUUUUCGUCCGAUGACACUGUCUCCAUGUCGUCCAGAGUCUGCGACAUUGACCUAGCCACGCUCGGCAUGAGAUUCGUCCUCAAGGUCGAGGAGCCUUGCCUAACGCAUGUCCAUGGCGACCACACCAGACCAAACGAGCCCUCCGGCCACGCUCUAACAGUCACCUCCCAGCUCCUGAGUCUGUCGUCUUCCCCGCCCCCGAACCGGUCAUCUCUUUUGCCAGUGGAGGAUGCUCCGGCGAGUAUUCUCAAUCGCCUGCUCAUCCUAUCCCCGACCUUUUCCGGCCAGGAGGACGUUACGCCGAUUCAGGCUUGGGAUGAGCUGCGCCAGCAACCAGUUUUCGGGAGUCUCGAUCUAAUGUGCGUCAUGACGCUGGCUGAAAAGUUGCGCGACGCCGCGAAAUGUUAUGGGCAAGUCAAACAGUGCAUUAAACGCGAGCAUAACGAAAUAUCUAACUUCCUGUAG